AUGACAAUUGAAGUUGGUCGAAAUGAACUGUUGGCUGUGAUUGGAACCGUCGGCUGCGGCAAGAGUUCCCUGCUCUCAGCCCUGGCAGGCGACAUGCGUGUGACCGACGGAACUGUACGACUGAGCACCACACGCGCAUUCUGCCCCCAGUAUGCUUGGAUCCAGAAUACCUCCGUGCGCAACAACAUUUUAUUCGGAAAAGAAUAUGACGAGACUUGGUAUGAGCAAGUUGUUGAUGCAUGUGCAUUGACUCCGGAUCUGGAGAUUCUUCCAAAUGGAGAUCAGACUGAAAUUGGAGAACGGGGCAUCACCGUGUCUGGAGGACAGAAGCAGCGCUUGAACAUUGCCCGAGCAAUCUAUUUCAAUGCCGAACUCGUGCUCAUGGAUGACCCAUUGUCGGCUGUGGAUGCUCAUGUUGGACGUCACAUCAUGGACAAGGCAAUCUGUGGUUUACUCAAGGAUCGCUGCCGAAUUUUGGCAACUCAUCAACUCCAUGUUCUCAACCGAUGUGAUCGGAUUGUUGUUAUGGACGAGGGGCGUAUUGAUGCCGUCGACACCUUUGAUAACCUAAUGCGCGACAGUGCACUCUUCAAGCGGUUGAUGUCUACUUCUAGACAAGAAGACACAAAAGAGGACGAGACCGAAGCAGUUGAUGAAGCUGUCAAAGAAGCCGAAGAAAAGCAACCAGAUCCCAAAAAGGCCGCACCUGGAAAGCCUACCGGUGCCUUAAUGCAAACCGAAGAAAAAGCGACAGCCUCUGUAGGCUGGGGCGUUUGGAAGGCCUACAUGCGCGCAUCGGGCAGUUACUUCAAUGCGGUCAUGUUGUUGAUUCUAAUCGCGGCUGUUAACGUCGCCAACAUUUGGACCAGUCUGUGGCUUUCAUAUUGGACUUCUGACAAAUACCCUAGUUUCUCGACCGGCCAAUACAUCGGCGUCUAUGCUGGUCUAGGUGCGGGUGUCGCUAUUUUAAUGUUUGCCUUCUCCACAUACAUGACUACUUGCGGCACAAAUGCCAGUAGGACGAUGCUUCAGCGUGCUAUGACUCGUGUUCUCCGUGCGCCUAUGAGUUUCUUCGAUACUACGCCGCUUGGACGAAUCACCAAUCGCUUCUCGAAAGAUGUCACAGUGAUGGAUAAUGAGCUUUGUGAUGCAAUGCGAAUCUAUUCUUUGACGAUGACCAUGAUUAUUUCGGUUAUGGUUUUGAUUAUCGUCUUCUUCUAUUAUUUUGUCAUCGCCCUCGUCCCACUAACUAUCCUCUUCAUCCUGGCCUCCAACUACUACCGAGCCUCCGCACGAGAAAUGAAGCGCCACGAAGCAGUCCUGCGAUCAACGGUUUAUGCCAAGUUCGGUGAGGCUAUCACUGGCACAGCAUGCAUCCGCGCAUACGGAGUCGAGGAUCAAUUCCGACGUAGCAUCUGUGACUCGAUCGAUGUGAUGAACGGUGCCUACUUCUUGACCUUCUCCAACCAGCGCUGGCUCAGCGUUCGACUUGAUGCGGUAUCCACCGCCCUGGUCUUCGUCACUGGUGUAUUGGUCGUCACGUCUCGGUUCAACGUCUCACCCAGUAUCUCCGGCCUGGUGUUGUCCUACAUCCUUUCCAUUGCGCAGAUGCUACAGUUCACGGUUCGUCAGCUUGCCGAAGUUGAGAACAACAUGAAUGCCACAGAGCGACUUCAUUACUACGGUACCGAGCUGGAAGAGGAAGCACCAUUGCAUCUGACCGAGGUGGCCGCUAGCUGGCCCGAGAAAGGUCGCAUCACGUUCACCGACACGGAGAUGCGGUACCGAGCUGAACUACCACUCGUUCUGAAAGGUUUGAGCAUGGAUGUCCAGGGCGGCGAGCGCAUCGGCAUCGUCGGCCGCACCGGCGCCGGAAAGUCAAGCAUCAUGUCAGCAUUAUUCCGUCUCACCGAAUUAUCAGGAGGUAGCAUUCAAAUCGACGGAAUUGAUAUUUCGACAGUCGGUCUCAACGACCUUCGAUCCCGUCUUGCUAUCAUCCCACAAGACCCAGCCCUCUUCAAGGGAACGAUCCGAUCAAAUCUGGACCCAUUCAACGAACACAAUGAUAUGGAACUAUGGAACGCACUACGCAAGGCAUACCUCAUCGGCCAGGAUCAAGAACUCGAAGUCGAAGGCGAAGGAAACGGCCCAUCUCCUGGAACCCCAGCAACAAACAGCGACGCCGACACGCGCCCGUCAAAUCGCCUCACACUCGAAUCCCCAGUCGACGAAGAAGGUCUCAAUUUCUCCCUCGGUCAGCGGCAACUUAUGGCCCUUGCGCGUGCACUGGUUCGCGAUGCGCGUAUUAUCGUCUGCGAUGAAGCUACCUCGUCUGUUGAUUUCGAGACUGAUCAGAAGAUCCAACGCACAAUGGCGCAGGGCUUCGAGGGCCGCACUUUGUUGUGUAUUGCUCAUCGUUUGCGCACGAUCAUUCAUUACGAUCGAAUCUGCGUUAUGGACCAGGGCCAGAUUGCCGAGAUGGAUGCGCCGGUUGUGUUGUGGGAUAAGGAAGAUGGUAUCUUCCGGGCGAUGUGUGACCGCAGUGGUAUCACACGCGAAGACAUCCUCAACGCCGAUUGA